CGGUGGCAGCCCUGCGGGCUUCAGAGACCGACAGUCUGUGUGCGGAGGGAGCCAUGUUGAUGCUCGGUUUUGUGUCAAACGCAUUAUUUUGGAUGGUUAACGGACUGCGCGUUAAAAAUAAGGAGCCCCGGCGGUGAUUCCAGCCCCGCAAUGAGAAGAGGAGCGCGGUGUGGGAUGGUAGAGGGAGCGCUAGAGGAGUGCUGCUCUUAGGUCACCGGACGUAGCUGAAAGCAAGUGAAGUUGAUGCUAGUUAGCUUCAUAGCUAGGUAGCAACAGCUGGUGCAGAGCGCUGCGUGGGAUGCGGUGUAUGGACUAAAACGAUAUAUGUUUUUUUUUCCCCCUGCUUGUGUCGUUUUGCAGAACAAACGUCAACCGGACUGUAUGAAGACUCAGCACUUGAAGCACCAAACAAAGGCGCUGCUGAAUUCGCGCUAGCUUGCUUAAGCUUCCUUUUCAAAACUAGCUGUUAGCUAACAUUAGCAUGCUGACAAUCAGCUCGGAUCUUCAGUCACGACUAACUAUUUACUCGCUGAGUGGGUUCUAGGUUACUUUCAGGCAGUCUGCCAGUCUCGGAGCACCCCUUUGUGCGACAGUAAACUCUCAAAACUGGAGUGGGGAGAUGGCAGUACAUCCAGUCUCUGCAGAAAGCAACCGGUUCGCCUGCCCAGCUUGCCAGGGAGCGCCUAGCGGGCUAGCGGCAUAACUUUCCUCUCACGGUGUCAUUCAGAAGCUGCAGAGCUCACUUCCUCCAUAGCCGACCCCUCGUACCUGAAGCAAGCUGGCGGCCAUCCGAGUAGAAGCCGAGGACAAGGAGCUGGGGCCGAUGGCCUGGGUGCUGAAGAUGGACGACGCCACCAUCGAGUCGGGGCUGGUUCACGACUUCGACGCCAGUCUGUCCGGCAUCGGGCAGGAGCUGGGCGCCGGAGCCUACAGCAUGAGUGAUGUGCUGGCUCUGCCGAUCUUUAAGCAGGAGGACUCCAGCCUCCCGCCUGAAAACGAGACCAAAAAUCCCCCAUUCCAGUAUGUGCUGUGUGCCGCCACCUCGCCCGCCGUCAAGCUGCACGACGAAACGCUCACAUACUUAAACCAAGGCCAGUCUUAUGAGGUGCGUAUGUUGGACAACAGGAAGGCAGGGGAGUUACCAGAGCUCAACAACAAGAUGGUGAAGAGCACAGUGCGAGUGGUGUUUCACGACCGUCGGCUGCAGUACACAGAGCACCAGCAGUUGGAGGGCUGGAAGUGGAACCGUCCUGGCGACCGUCUCCUUGACAUCGAUAUCCCCAUGUCAGUGGGCAUUGUGGAGCCAAAGACUCACCCCUCCCAGCUGAAUGCUGCAGAGUUUCUGUGGGACUUGAACAAAAGAACUUCUGUGUUUGUGCAGGUGCACUGCAUCAGUACAGAGUUCACUCCCAGAAAGCACGGUGGAGAGAAGGGCGUCCCCUUCAGGAUCCAGAUCGACACGUUCACCCAGGGAGACAACGGAGAGUAUACAGAGCACCUCCAUUCUGCCUCCUGCCAAAUCAAAGUCUUCAAGCCAAAGGGGGCAGACCGCAAGCAAAAGACAGACAGGGAGAAGAUGGAGAAACGCACAGCUCAAGAGAAGGAAAAGUACCAGCCUUCUUACGAUACCACUAUCCUAUCAGAGACGAGGCUUGAGCCCAUCAUAGAGGAUGCGGGUGACCAUGAGCUGAAAAAGUCCAGCAAGCGGACACUUCCCGCUGAUUGUGGCGACUCCUUGGCCAAAAGAGGCAGUUGUUCUCCUUGGCCAGACAACGCCUACACCAGCACCAACCAGGCAGCUACUCUCUCCUUCGCCUCCACGCCGCUGUCCACCUACACGACCUCCUCAGUACUGGACAGUGACUCGUCCUCUCCCAAUCACCAGGCAGACUCUGGCAGCCAUGGUAACUCAGAGCAGUUGAGCCCCACUGCCUCCAUACAGGACACACAGAAGUGGCUGCUGAAAAAUCGCUUCAGCUCCUACACACGUCUCUUCUCUAACUUCUCAGGUUCUGAUUUGUUAAAGCUAACCCGGGACGACCUAGUCCAGAUUUGUGGGCCAGCAGAUGGGAUCAGGCUCUUCAAUGCACUCAAAUCCAGGUCAGUGCGUCCCAGGUUGACAGUGUAUGUCUGUAAGGAGUCCCCUCAGGAGAGCCCCCUGCUGGACAGACACAGCACUAAUGAAAAUGGAGAACAUUGUCUCUCCUCUGGUUUACACGUGUACCAUGCUUUGUAUCUAGAGGAGCUCACAGCUGCAGAACUCAUCCGCAAGAUGGCGUGUGUGUGCAGCAUUCCAUUGGGAACGAUCAACCAGGUGUACCGACAGGGUCCUACAGGCAUACACAUCCUGCUAAGUGACCAGAUGGUUUACAACUUGCCUGAUGAGAGCUGUUUUUUAAUCAGCACUGUCAAAGAUGAGUCAGGCGAAGGACUCCAUCUAAUCUUGAAGUAGUGAGGAGGACAGAUGGCAUCACUAAUUCUCCACCCUCUGUUUUGGAGCAGAAGCCUCCCUCUGUCCAUCCCCCUGCCUGCCUCUACUCUUUCCCUCUGCUUUCCUCCCUGUCUCUCUAAACGAUAGCUCGACGGGAAGCAGACAGACUGUGCUAAAGCCAUGUAAAUGUUAGAAUCUGACAUGGGUGUGUCCACUGUUUCAUAUUGAAAACAUUAUUAACGAAGGAGAUUAGUUAAAAGAAGAGAGACCGGGGGGAUAUGGGAUAAGGGGGAAAGUUAACAAUGUUCUAUGUAUUUUUAUUUUUUUAAUUUUUUUGUCUUUUGUAUGGUUUCUGUGUGGAGAUGGGAGGGUGGCGGCUCCAGGAGAGAGGGGCUGGCAGGAGAAGGAAAGCGUUUCCUUAUUGCUCGUUGCCCUUCCUUCACAACGCACACAACCAGCACUAGGCCAGUAUUUGGUAACCUGUACUGCUGAACAGCAUGCAAUCUCAUACUAACUUGCUUAAAGGAGAAUCCCACCGUACCCCGCUUGUUUAACAUUCUCAAUGGGUUUGUCUUAAUAAACCAUUAAUUAACCGCGUAUUGAUCAGCUGAGCUUGGUAACCCCCGGAAAGAAACGGGAUAAAUUUGUGGAAGUGGCGUCGUUUGUAGAUUUUUGAAGCCACUUUUUUUUUCUUUUUUUCUUUUUUUUUUUUCUUCUUUUCUUGGACUUGUCAGACUGAUUUUUCAUUAACUCUCGUCUCAUGGAGUCAUCCUCCAGUGAUUUACAGCCAUAUUUCUGUGUUGUCAUGACGUCAUGCUCUGCUUUCCUGAUGUACGCCCUGUUUAUUCUAAGCUUUUACCUGUUUUACAUCAUGCUUUAUUUAUGAAUCAGCUGUUUCUCUCAUUGAAUUGACUUGUUUCUGGUGCCAUAUCGGCUCUUUUUUCUUUCUUUUUUUUGUUAGCUCAAUCUUUUACUCACAUUUACACACACACACAGAGCACCUACACUUCAUCUUUGACUCCUUUGCUUUGUGUACUGACUUUAAAACACCCGUUUAGAGCAGUGUGGUUCAGAGAUUUUGGCCAUAUAUGUGCAAGGAAGGAAAAGAAAAAAGGAUGAAACCUCUGCCUAUCCAAAAACCACCUAUCAUGUGGACCAAACAGGUUUUUAGAUUCAUAGGCAUUUUUUUUUUUCCUUUGAGGAAAAGCCUCUCUGACUCUGGACAUCUUAGAUGCAUUAAGAGAUGAUUAAAGUCGAAUUUAGUAGCGUUGCUUGUGCACUAAAGUAAUAAACCUGCUAUUGCAGGAUCUGCUUUGCAAGAAAACCCCCAUCUGGCUGGCAGAAAUGCAUUACCUGGUUUCAAUAGUCUUAUUUCUGGAGACCAGAAACUCUUCACAGCACCACAUCCACCUUGUAUUUUUAUGUAGCUGAACACAGGGAGUCGUGUCUUUCGAGUGCCCUUAUCUUUGAAAAAGUAACGGGAAGCCUCACUACUCCUGGGAGUUAGUUCAGUCGACUUAUUCAUUUUGGUACACAGUGUUUUGGCAUUUUUGAAGUGCAUACACUUGAGAUUUUCAGUGUCUGAAUGUGUGUGUGCCUGUGUGUGUAUGUGUGCACGCGUAUCAUUUUCUUUUCUUGCAAAGAAAUCUUCAUUAUGUCAGUUAAAGAAAAAAAAAACUUUUUUCCUGUUGGUAUAAUGAAAUCGUGUUUUAGCUUGCUAUGUAGUAAAGAGCAUGUGGAAGAUGGGGAAAGGUAGGAAAUGGUAAAUUUUUUUUCGUCAGUGACUGUAACCCCCUCUGUCUUUUUUCCAGAAGUUAGAGACCAAGCCUGCACUGAAGAAAUUCACAAAAUUCAAGCUUGAUGUGUAGUCAGUAGUCCUACUGCGCCCCCCCCCCCCCGACCCUCUUCUUAUCCGAGAAGGAGAACAAAACAAUAAAACAGAAUGUCGAGAAUAAAACGUUUUUGUCUCACCACAAGCCAGAGCCAGGACUGUAGCUCUUGUGGUGUAUACAAGGACACGAGUACCACAGCACAGUAAGCUGUGGUCAUCAGCUCAGACAUUAGUGAGAAUAGAGCGAAUCCGGCAAACUCUGAUUAGCAGUUUUGGUCCGCUGAAGGCCUGACCGUGUGACUGUCUGUGUGACUGUGUGUAAGAGAGUGCGAGCUCAAGAGGUGACCACUGAUGAUGUACAGCCUAAUGUCUGAUGAUGAUGAUGAUGCACAUGUACACAGUAUCAUAUGCUGGAGAUGUACACAACCACAUGUGCUGGGAAUAAAUGAUUUCAUAACUUU